AUGGAGUUAUCGAUCAGACAGAUCAUCCGUGAACAGGAGCAGGAAGCAUUGAAGGGGGGUUGGCACACAGAACUCUCUCUGAAGGCAAAGGGAUGGACAACGUCGAUGAUUGCAAACGCCAAAGCUUGGGCUGAAGCUCGUGGCCUAAGCAGGAAGAACGAGGUCCAUGGAGAGGAUGAGUGGCGGGUGCCUACUGAGGAAACGUUUGAUUUCUCUACAACUCGGUCCAAGGAAGGAGAGGGUUCUGGGUCUACGAUGGUGGACGAUCCAAAGGGAACUCUUCUAGACUUUAGCAAGUUCUCUGCGCAAGCUGCCAUGACGCGCGGUAGUGCAGGGAGUGGUGCCUGCAACCAGAUUGCAGCCCAGAGCGCGGCGGCGGCAAAGCUGCAAAACCUUCCGAUGGUCCAGCAAACCCAGGAUCCGUUUGGCUACAUCACGAGCUUCGUCGACCAAAUGGGGAAAAAGAUGGAUCGUAUCGAUGAGCAAAAGGACACAUUAUCUUUUUUGCACGCUGAACCUAUUUGGUCAUGCUGA